AUGAUUCCAUUAUAUUACAACAGUGUUACCCCCUAUUGUGCUCACCGUAUUGUAGUGCAUAUCUCAUGCAAAUCAAGUGAUGAACAGAUCGUGAUGGAGAGGAAGUUCAUAUCGGUUUUGGGGGUAUGUUUGGUGCUGGUAAUGUCCCAGUAUGUUGAUGCAAGGAACUUGGAGAAAAAAUCAAAGGAAGAGGUGAAGAAGCCAGAAUCCUGCAUAGAUACAGGGUCCAUUGGUGGUGUGGGUGGAGGAAGUGGCGGUUUAGGAGGAGGGUAUGGCGGAGGAGGUGGAGGUGGUAGUGGUUUAGGUGGUGCAUUUGGAGGAGGAGCUGGUUUAGGUGGUGGAUAUGGCGGUGGUAGUGGUCUAGGUGGUGGAAUUGGUGGGAUUGGUGGGAUUGGAAGUGGUAAUGGUCUAGGUGGUGGAUUUGGAGGAGUUGGAGGUGGUAGUGGUCUAGUUGGUGGAAUUGGUGGAGGCAUUUACAAAGGAAUUGGAAUUGGAGGGGUUGGAGGUGGUGUAGGUGCUAUAGGGGGAAUUGGUGGUGUCAUUGGUGGUUUCAAGCAUGUUGAAGCUAAUAAGCCUUGA